GCUUGUUUUUCCUCUCUGAAAGCGGAUAUUGUAAAGUAGAGUGAGAGACACAGGGAAAGAGAGAAGCCAUCAGACGGAGUUGUCGUGCCAAUCUGGGCGAACGGAUCUCCCUUCCCGGCCUGGCCAUGGACGAGCAGGCGGGCCCCGGUGUGUUUUUUAACAAUAAUAAUAACUCGGCUUUGGCCGGCGGAGCGAAAGCAGCGCAGCAGCCGGGAGACGGAGGCGGAGAGGCGGUCAGGGCGCAGUAUAACAUCCCGGGGAUCCUGCACUUUCUGCAGCACGAAUGGGCCCGCUUCGAGGUGGAGAGGGCUCAGUGGGAUGUAGAGCGAGCCGAAUUGCAGGCUCAGAUUGCCUUCCUACAGGGCGAGCGGAAAGGCCAGGAGAACCUGAAGAAGGAUCUGGUGAGGAGGAUUAAGAUGCUGGAGUACGCUCUGAAGCAGGAAAGGGCAAAAUACCACAAGCUGAAGUAUGGGACUGAACUCCUGCAGGGAGACAUGAAAGCACCGAGCUAUGAUUCAGAUGAGGGCAAUGAAAAUGAGGCUCUUCCAGAACCACCGAACAGCCAGCUGAGCUGGAAACAAGGAAGACAGCUUCUGAGGCAGUACCUCCAGGAGGUGGGCUACACGGACACUAUCCUGGAUGUGAAGUCUCAGAGGGUGAAGGCGUUACUGGGGCUGACGGGAGACAGUGUGGAGCGGGCUGGAGAACGGAGGACAGAGCCCAUGGUGAACGGCACGGAGCCUUCGUCUUUGAAGGAAAGCACCACCAACAUGAUGGGGAAACCGGAAAUGUCUGACUCGGCGACGGUUCUGGAGGCGUUCAAGUUCAUCGAGAGCGCGGCCGCAGAGUUCAGCGAUGAGGACGAGGAUGAAGACAGCGACGGGAGGGAAAAGACCAUCAUUGACUUGGCAACAAUGAUGAGGAAGAAGGGCUCCCCGUCUCCUUCCUCGUCCUCCUCCUCCUCCUCCUCGGCUGAGCUGAGUGAUGACCCGGACACUGAGGAGGCUCUGAAGGGGUUCGACUUCUUGGCCAGCAAUGAGGACAUGGAGGGCUCGCCAGAAUCCCCCGCGACUGGAGACCUAGCUGACUGGGAGAAGGAGCCGAACGCCAUGACCGAGGCCUGGGAAGUGGACCAGAGCCUGAUCUCCAAACUCAAGGAGCAGUACAGGAAGGAGCGCAAGGGCAAAAAGGGGGUGAAGAGGCCAAACAGGUCGAAGCUGCAGGACAUGCUGGCUAAUCUGAGGGACGCAGAGGAUCUUCCCUCCAUGCAGCCCCCCGUGGCUCCCCCUGCCAGGCCCAGCUUACCCCGACUCAACGAGCAUGAUCUCGGCCGUGCUGAUGAAGUGGAAGCUCUUACGUUCCCUCCGUCCACUGGUAAAUCGUUUAUAAUGGGAGCGGACGAGGCUCUGGAGAAUGAACUGGGACUGGGAGAGUUGGCAGGACUCACUGUAGCUAAUGAAGCUGAGAGUCUGGGCUAUGAUAUCACCAACAACAAAGAUGCUCUGAGGAAGACGUGGAACCCCAAGUUCACCCUGAGGAGCCAUUUCGACUCCAUCCGCGGUCUGGCGUUCCACCCUCAAGAGCCGGUGCUGGUCACAGCUUCAGAAGAUCACACGCUGAAGAUGUGGAACCUGCAGAAAACAGCUCCUGCCAAAAAGUGUGCUGCUCUGGACGUGGAGCCCAUUUACACAUUCCGAGCUCACAGGGGUGCAGUUCUGUGUGUGGUCAUGAGCAGUAACGGAGACCAGUGCUUCAGUGGAGGAGUGGACGGAACCGUUCAGAGCUGGAACACUCCUAAUCCCAAUAUCGACCCCUAUGACUCUUACGAGCCGACCGUGCUGAGGGGGGCGCUGUGCGGUCACACCGAUUCAGUCUGGGGUUUAGUCUACAGCUCGGCCCACCAGCGACUGCUUUCCUGUUCGGCAGACGGGACGGUGCGGCUCUGGAACGCCGCAGAAACCUCACCCGCGCUUGCCGUCUUCAACGAGGACACGGAGUUGGGCAUCCCCUCCUCUGUGGAUCUGGUGUGCAGUGAUGCGGCGUACAUGGUGACGGCCUUUGGUAACGGCAGGACGGGUAUCUUCAACAUGGAGACACAGCAGCUGGUUCUGGAGCUGGAGUCUCAGAAUGCAGGGGAGCCAGAUGCUCCUCGUCAGAUCAACAAAGUGUUGAGCCACCCGACCCUCCCCAUCACCAUCACGGCACAGGAGGAUCGCCACAUCCGCUUCUUCGACAACAACACAGGAAAACUUAUUCACUCCAUGGUGGCUCACCUGGACGCUGUGACCAGCUUAGCAGUGGACCCUAAUGGCCUCUACCUGAUGUCUGGGAGCCAUGACUGCUCCAUCCGUCUGUGGAACAUGGAGAGCAAGACAUGCAUCCAGGAGUUCACGGCUCACAGGAAGAAGUUUGAGGAGUCGAUCAACGAUGUGGCGUUCCACCCCACCAAGUGCUACAUCGGCAGCGCCGGAGCAGACGCCCUCGCCAAAGUCUUUGUAUGACCUCUGACCUCUGUGGCCUUGAGGAAAAGACAUGGAGAGUGAGGAGAGUCGCCUUUUAGACAGGUGUUUCCUCCUUGCUUCGGUAUUUGUGAUGAUGAAUAAAGAGAAGGCUUGUCAGAUGUCAGGUAGACAUCACUCCUGCCCUCUUUACCCACAAACCCCACCCCUGUCUGAAACACACAACCCUUCGUCCAGGCAGGCCUGGGUGGGGGAAUAGGACAGAGCCACAACACUGCAGCUCACUCAGUACAAACACUCUCUCUGGGAAGUCCAGACACCAACCCUGCUGGAGAGAACCUCUUCAUAGAACUGUGUGUGUGUGUGUGUGUGUGUGUGCAUUAGUGCGUGCGUGCGUGCGUGCUUGCGUUCCCUUCUCUCCAGCAUGACAGGGUUGCCCUUAGAGCCAGUUCCACUUUGUCAAGCCUCACAGGAAGUCGCCUGCUUCCCACACCAUUCGUUUUUCCUUUUUCCUUUCGUUUUCGCUUUCAGAAAGGAGAAAGUCAGAGAACUCGAGGCUCCUGGACUAGAUGGUCUGUGUGAUGUUCUCUCAGUGUAAACUGUUCGGUGACGAUGUGCCUUUGUUUCCAAAUACAGUCUCGGUAAACAGCGGUAACUUCAUAGGUCUCAGUCAAGCUGGAGGGAGUCGUCGCAGUGUAUCGGCUCUUCACACACAGACGGCCGGGAUGUAACAUAAUCAUCAUCAUUCCUUGUUUCUUUUACGUUUUACGUCUCAACCAGUUUCUGCAGCAGGGGUACAGAAAUACAGCCUUUUUCAUGAGCAUUGCCACGUGGAUCAACAUGCUGAUAAAAGAAAAAAAAUACUUUAAAAGGAAUUCAUGGCUUUAAGGGGGAGGUCUCACUGAGGGAGAUCGCUGGUGUUUUUCAUCCACCAGUCAGUAGGAUAUGUCUGGAUUACCACGGGUAAGAUUUUGACCUUAGACCUGUAUAGAGAAAGGAGCAAAAAUCUGUUUAGAAAAAAAUUCACUUAGAGCUAAAGGCAGUUGUUAAAUCUU